CUGCAUCAAAUUUUAACGGCACGAUUUACAAUGUGGCAUCAGCCACAUGAAAUAACACACUUCUGACCAGCCGUUCACUUCGCACCAAAUAUCGUGAGGAACAUAGUAAACAUAGCGUGUAAUACUCAUAAGUUCCAAGUUGGCAACUUGGAUCCAAACCAAAUUCAUUCAUCGUAAUGGCGGAUGACCAACAUUUACCUUCCGACGCGUCCACCCCAUACCAGUCCCUCGAUGAACACGAAAUCAAGAAAAACAUUACCGAGGCAGAUGAAUUGAAGCAGGAGGGCAAUGAAUCGUUCCGGGCCAGUAGAUGGAAUGAAGCUCUCGUGUCAUACAGAACUGCUCUGAGUCGACUACCCAGACGAAAGCCGCAGCCUCCUUCCCCAGACUCACAGGAUGAUACGUCAGAUCACGGUGGUGCCCGAUCGGCGAGUUCAGGCGAGGUGCCAACGCGAGAGGAGGGGCCAGAACCAGCCAGCAUCCCCUCGGAGCUCGAGGCAGAAUGUGCGAAGGCUCGAGCAGUGUUGAACGCCAACAUUGGUGCAUGUCUGGUAAAACUUAGCGAUUACAGCGGUGCAGUUGAAUCAUGCACCCAAUCAUUACUCGAUGACCCUCACUAUAUCAAGGCCCUACAGCGGCGAGCGGCUUCUAACGAACAUCUCGGCACAUGGUCGUCGUUGACACAAGCACAAGAAGAUUACAAGUCACUCCUGGAAUUGCUACCCCCUACAUCCCCUCAGGUGGCACAGACCAAGCGGAGCCUGCAGCUUCUUGAACCUCGCCAGCAAGCGGCUCAGAAGAAAGAAAUGGCCGAAAUGACGGGCAAACUGAAGAACCUCGGCAAUAGUAUACUGGGCAACUUCGGAUUAUCCACUGACAACUUUAAGUUUGAACCAAAUGGUCAAGGCGGUUACUCAAUGAACUUUGCUCGAUAGUAUUGAUAUUGAAUUCCUUCAAAUCGCAAUAUGCCACA